AUGUCUGGCAAAACGGUUUUAGUCACUGGUGCCACCGGCUUGCUUGGCAGGCAGGUCGUAAGAGCUUUCGAGAGGAAAGAUUGGACGGUCAAAGGUACGGGCUUCUCGAGGGCCGAUGGCACAUCUAUUCUGAAGAUCGACCUGGGGAGUGCUUCCGAUAUUGAGAAGACCUUGGAGACAGUCAGACCCCAAGCAGUUGUGCACUGUGCAGCCAACCGAUUCCCCGACAAAUGCGACAAUGACCCUGAAGGCACUCGAGCAUUGAAUGUCGCCGCUUCCCAGUCUCUCGCGAGCUUAUGUGCGGCCAGGGACAUCUUCCUCAUCUACAUCUCGACAGACUAUGUCUUCCCAGGGAAACCUGGCGAUGCGCCGUACGAAAGCGACGCCCAUCCGGCACCAACGAACCUGUAUGGACAGACAAAACUCGAUGGUGAACAUGCAGUUCUUGAGGAAUACAGCAAGGCUGGAAAGCCGGGUCUGGGAGUUGUCCUGAGGGUACCUGUGCUCUAUGGCGAUGCUGAGACCCCUGCCGAAAGCGCAGUAAACGUUCUCAUGGACACAGUCUGGAAGGCACAAGACGAUAGCGCAAAGGUUAAGAUGGACCAUUGGGCGCUGCGAUAUCCUACAAACACAGAAGAUGUCGGGCGGGUAUGUCAUGAUGUUUCGGCAAAGUAUCUGGAAUCUGCAGAGAGGUCAUCCUUACCUCAAGUCCUGCAGUUCUCAUCAGAAGACAAGAUGACCAAGUACGAAAUAUGUCAGCACUUUGGCGAGAUCAUGGGCCUCCCAAUCUCGGGCAUUGAAGCCAACACGGAGGGCAAUGAUCCCAACGCUAGCGUCCAAAGACCUUACGACUGCCACCUCAGUACAAAAGCUUUGAAGGACCUCGGAAUUGAUGUUUCAACUCAAGAUUUCAUUGGUUGGUGGAGGUGGUCGGUACGAGCUUUCAGGAAAUGA